AUGCACCACUGCCCUUCACUACCCCUGCAGGACGGUGUUAUGCAGGAGAAGAUGUCUGCAACAAAGAAACAGCUGCUACCGCCCGCGUUCUCUCUUCCGAAGCGCAAACCACCGAAGGACCCCAUUAAAUUGGCUCAGUGGCAAAAAGUCGAAGCAAUGAAGAUGCGGCAUCGAGCGUCCCCCGCUGACCCCAAAGACAAGGCAGCUAGCCUCCCUCCAGAUCAACGUUUACAUGUUCGUGUUACCCUGGGAGAUGCCGAGAAAAUAUUCUGGGUCCGCAAGACAGUCAUAACGGGACGGGCUCUUGAUCUUCUGGCCCUCCAUUUCAUUCCAGCGAGUCUCUCCAACUCUAAUGACCUAUUGUUGGAGAAGCAGAUCAAAGAUGGUGAAAGUCUAGCCAUACGUUCGUUGUGA